AUGGAAGUGCCAUCAUCAAGGAAGAGCGUUAUCCCCGAUAUCUCGUCACUGCCUCCGUCAGAUAGAAUUGUCGAGCUCGAUAGGGACGCAAAGAUAGACUCGACUGUCAUCUCCAAAGAUAUUGUCGAUCCUGGGUACAGUGACGAUCCUAAACCAGAAUCAGAGCCUGAAGAGCCCUCUUUUUGGGAGACACAGCUCAUCCAGAUUCUCAAUUACCCAGAACUGUUGCUGCUCUUUCUGCCUAUGUACUUGGUGUAUCUCUAUUUCUUAAGCGUUGAAAGCCGUCCUUUUUUUGGAAACUUUUCUCAGGUUAGAGUAUUUCUCUUCAUUCCAAUUAGUGCAGAUUUUGUCAUCCAGCUGCAUCGUGUUUUCGAAAACAGGUACAACUUUAACUUCCCUCGUAUAUCUCCGCUAAUCUUACUGAUUACUCUUUGGGCUACCGGCCGCAUCGUCAACCAAGUCUGCCAGGCCUCUAUGGACAUCAACUUUGUCGAGGCCGAUACCCGCCAAGGCAUUGCUGUCUUUCUCUCGUCAUUGCCAUUUACCAUAAUUGGUGGCCAAACAAUCUUUCUUGCCAAAUACGAGCGCCAUACAACGUCUUUUAAACAGAUUGCAUAUACAUAUGCGGCGGCUUUUGCUCUCUAUUUUAUCCCCAUCUCAAAUUCAAUCUAUCUUUCUUUAAUUGUAACAACUUUCUCUUUUAUUGUGUCGGUGUACCGCGAUGUUUAUGUUAAUGAUACCCCUAGGAGUAUUGCUGUGCAAACCACCGUUGCUAUUGCCUUUAUGGCGGCCUUUUCAGGCUACUACAUGAGACCCCCUGCCCGUUCUUUCCUUUCUUCCGCCAGUUUUCCCUAUAGCAGUGCCGACCAGUCAAUAACCAUUUGGAACAGCACUGAUAGCAUCUCCGGAAAGGUUAUAGUUGGCGAUUUGAUUCCUUCAAAGCCAAGCGCUUUUCCACAAAAGAAGAGAAAAGGCGGGCCAGAACAAGAUUAUGACCAACCGAUUAGAUUUUUACGCAUUGACCAUUCGCUCAUUGGUGGUAUCUGGAUGCCCAAAUACCCGUCCCUUGAAGAAUCACAAUCUAUUUAUUCCGCUUUUUAUCUGCAAGAAAUUUCUCAAUAUGUCGUCCCGCCUCCUUAUGCCAACCCUAAUAACAAGUCAGUUAUUUUGCUUGGCGUCGGUAUAGGAGCCUCUGCAAAGGGCUUUGAAGAGAAUGGAUACACUGUUGAUCUCUUAGAACUUGAUCCUGCCAUUUACGAAAACGCAGUCAAGUACUUUGGCUUGAACCCUAAUUACCAUGUGCAGUUUGGCAACGCGCUUGAUUGGAUCUACAGUUAUGAUAAGGACAAUGUACCCAAGAAAAGAUACAGUGUCAUUAACCACGAUUUUUUUUCUGGCGAAAAUGGUGACUCCAAGCUUUUUGAAGAAAAAACUUUUGAAAUCAUUAAGAAUAAAAUCUUAGAAAAGGACACUGGUGUACUGACCGUCAAUGUUUAUGGCAGUCCUAAUGAUUUUAAGAUUCUUCGGAUUUACGAAAACUUACAGAAUGUGUUCAAUCAACAGUGCGAUAUGUACCACGACAAAAUCACUGACAAUAUGAGAAAGGGCUCUAUUUACGUGGAACGUGAAGAAGAAUUAAACUUAGUGUUCUUGUGCAGACAGAAGUUUGGUGAAAAAAAACUAGUUAUUGACGAUGAGUUGAUAAAUAAAACCGUCAAACAAAACAUGCGUGGUGUUGUCCUUUCUUCCAACCAUGUGCGCAAGAUUCCACGCCUAAGCAUUAUCAAACUUCAGGAUUUGAUUGAAGUUGGCGUUAAUGAAAAUGACAGUAAAGAAACUAGAUGGCGGAUUUUGUCGCGACAGUCCCGUAAACAUUGGAACGUUAUGGAUAAGGUUCUUCCACGAAUUGCUUGGGCAUAUUAUUAG